AUGCGGGACCCCCCAGCAGAAGUGUUUAUGGACAUCUUCGCACGCCUCUCACCCAAGGACUUGGUGCGAUCCACUUGCGUUUCUAAAGAAUGGAAAGCUACCAUCGAAGAUCCACAGUUGGCCAAAUCGCAUCUCCAACGCUCCAUCAAAACCAAAUCCCAUCCUACCAUUUUAAUUAUCUCAUCUAACCCGUUCGUCAACUGUGUUUCACUCAACUUUUCCGACACCGAUAUGACGUACGUUAAACGUUUGAUAAUUGAGCAGCCUUGGCAACAUCCUCCUCGGUUAACAAGUGACAAAAUCUUCAGCUACUUUAAUGGUUUGGUUUGCAUGCACUAUGGUGCAGGCUUUGGUUUAUGGAACCCUUCCAUCCAAAAGUUCAAGAGGAUCCCCUCGUCGCCAUUUAGUAUGUUCCGAUUUGCAAAGAUCCAUGGUGGCUUCGGGUAUGAUUCGGUCACUGUUGACUAUAAAUUGUGCACUCAUAAGUGGCGGAUCCAGGAUAGGAAAGCGAACUGGGCGGAACUUACAUACUAA